AACGCACUCAACUCUUGUGAAUCUCUCUCUCAUAGAGACUUGUUAUUUCAAUCAUCCUAUAGUAUUUCUUGUAUUAGAAAGAAAGUACCUCAAUGUUAUUAAAUUGUGGAGCUUCUAAGCUGUGGAUCUCAUAUGGUUGCGUAACUUCUUUUGUCAAAGAGACCAGUUAAGUUACUUGCGGAGGUUAUUGGGGAAGCGUGGAACACCUUCAUAGAACUAGAAGUAAAACAAAACUGAUAUAAUACAUGAGUGUUGUAAUGCCAAGGUCUUGUAUUCAUUUAACAAGUAUCUUGGUUUCUUAUAUGGAGGAAACAAUCAGAAAAUAUUGGAUAUAAUGGGGACCUAUACUCGCAGGUUUACUAAGAGAAAAACAAAUGAAAGCAUGAAGAGUAUUGUGAUAUUUUUCUUUGGAGGAUUUUUUGGCUUAAUUAUAGGAGUUUCACUCCCAACGUUUUCUAUAACAAAGCUGAAUAUCCCUUCCAGCCUGCUUCCCUCCAUUGAUCUGUCUUGCAUUCGGGGUAGCAAUGCGUGGUCUUUCAUGAAGAAUGAUAACAGCACCUCAUCCCAAGAUCAGUUACUAGAUGACACAAGGAUUUGGGUUCCAACAAAUCCAAGGGGUGCAGAAAGAUUAGCUCCAGGGAUUGUUCAAGCACAAUCGGACUUUUAUUUGCGCAGAUUGUGGGGUAUUCCCAGUGAGGAUUUACCCUUUAAGCCAAAGUACCUUGUGACCUUCACUGUCGGGAUUGAGCAGAAAAAGAAUAUUGAUGCAGCUGUGAAAAAGUUUUCAAAGGACUUCACAAUCCUUCUAUUUCAUUAUGAUGGCCGAACUACCGAAUGGGAUGAGUUUGAGUGGUCAAAACAAGCUAUUCAUAUCAGCAUCUACAAACAAACCAAAUGGUGGUAUGCCAAGCGGUUUCUGCAUCCAGACAUCGUGGCAUCAUAUGAGUAUAUUUUCAUGUGGGAUGAAGACUUGGGAGUUGAGCAUUUUAAUGCAGAAGAAUACCUAAAACUGGUGAGGAAGCAUCGCUUGGAGAUUUCACAGCCUGCUUUGGAACCUAAUAGUAUGAAAGCGGUGUUAUGGAAUAUGACAAAGAAAAGAGAAAAUAGUGAAGUUCACAAAGAAGCAGAGGAGAAACCAGGGAAGUGUAAGUACCCACUUCUGCCUCCAUGUGCAGCGUUUGUUGAGAUUAUGGCUCCAGUCUUUUCAAGAGAUGCAUGGCGCUGUGUGUGGCAUAUGAUUCAGAAUGAAUUUGUUCAUGGCUGGGGUCUUGAUUUUGCUUUUAGAAAAUGUGUUGAGCCUGCUCAUGAGAAGAUUGGAGUUGUUGAUGCUCAGUGGAUUGUUCACCAAGGCAUUCCCUCACUAGGGAACCAGUUUUCUUCUUUGCUUUGUAGGGAGAAGAACAAACUGGGAAACCGGCAUGGCGAGCGGUGAAAGAGAGGUGUGGCAUGGAGUGGAGGAUGUUCCAAGGUCGGUUGACAAAUGCAGAAAAGGGUUAUUACAAGUCCAAGGGAAUUGAUUUUUCUGACUUGCUUGUUCAUAAUUAGGGGGAAAAUGGUCAAAUUCUUACACAGCCAUUGGCUUCAGUUGUUUUGUAUUUUCACAUUAACUUUUUAUAUUUAAUCUCUUGAAGGUUUUGACACUAAUUACUUGAGAUAUGAGACUACAUAUAUAGAAACACUCAAUGUGAAGAAAAUCAUACUUAUUACU